CCUAAAUAGAAUUGAAAUUUUUAAAGUAAAGUUGUAAGAAGAAAAUAGAAGAUGGAAUAUAUCGGACUACAGAGGGUUCAAUUGCACGCGCUCACCCCCGAAUUGUUAAAUGGAUUAAUAGUUGGUAUUAUAAUUGCCAAGCAAGAACCUCGGGUCUUCACAGGCCGUGAUUUCGAAAAUGUUGCAUCUCGUGCCGUUUGGAAUUUUACAUUACGUGACUCUCCGUUAAAUUACAUCAAUGUCACAUGUUGGGGCACUCAGGAUAUUCUGAACGGGUUUAAUAAAAAAUUCAGCGUAGGAGAUGUUGUAAAUGUCAUCGCACCACAAAUCGAAAUUCGAAGAUCACACGGUGGCGGAGAGAAUUUCCGACCGAUGGUCACAUCACCUUACACUUUGAUAUUGAACGAUGUCACCCCUACGAGGAUUAUGAAACACGAAGGUAACUGGUCGCGUUUUUCGACCCUGAUGAAUUACGUAACGAAACCGAUUGCCGGAGCUGUAACUAUCGCCGACAUACAUAAUAUGAAAGACAGAAUUGACGGGUUAGAUAUUUUUGGUAUAGUUCGACUGUUAGGUAAGGUUCGUAAUGUUACGACAAGUAUUGGUGUACGCCAAGUUAGAGACAUCAUGAUACUUGACCAAACAAGUUCUGCUUUGAAAAUUAGUUUUUGGGAUCCUGAAUUGAUUGCCAGAGCCGGAGCAUGGAAAAUUUUGCAUACAGUUCUAUUUAUUACCGAUGUACGUUGCGAGUGGUCCAAGUUUAUGGCAUCCAUGACUGCAAAUAUAACGUCUCGUUCCGUGAUCACCGAAAAUCCGCUAGGUGUAGAGACCGAGAACUUACGCAAAUACGUCGCGAAGGUAAAACCGAUGGCGUUCACAAAUGAGACGUUUUCUGUGCAAGACAUCUCUUUGAUUCGGAACGUAAUGAACAUACAGCAGGUUUUGGAUAAGGGAAACAACAUAAGGUCUGCGAACAACAUCAGUUUUGAGGAGCAACAAUUUACUGCACUUUUAUACGCGGUAGUCACUCAGUUGGACCUCGACGGUUUAAAUCGAUUAUUAGUGACGAAAUGUUCUAGGUGCGAUACACCGUUGGAAAAUGACAGUAACUCUUGUUCUAACACCGAAUGCAUCGGCUUCAAGCAUAGUGAAACCAUAACGGCGUUUGAUCUACGCCUAAUGUUAACAGAUCAGACAGGUUCCUUGAUUCAGUGCAGAUUAUAUGGGGAAACUGCCGAAAAAGUUUUGAAUUGCUCGGUGCGACAAUUUUUAGCAAUGAGCGAUGAGGAAAAGACGGUGCUCAAGUGGAAACUCCUAAUGGAAAGGUGCGCAGUACGCAUUCAUGUUAUGGUGUUUGGGUUUCGUGGACCUAUCAUCACAGUUUUAAGUUGCGAUUUAGCUUCACCAAUAGACGUAGCUAAUCGAAUACCGCACUAUUAACACUUUCGUAUGUAUUUAAAUUAAA